GGAGAGAAGGAGUCCGGCUCUAUGCACUGAGGCGAAUUGAGUCUGAGGACUCUGAUGAUGGAUGUCUGAGGUCUGAUUCUGUGGUGUCUGUGGCUCUGACGUGUCUAGAGACAGAAGAGACUAGACAGGAGCCUGCGUGGGGGUUACAGGUCACACUUGGGAGUGGGUCGUGCUCCACUCUAUCCUGGGUCUGGAAGCAGGGGGCCAGGUCACCAUGGCACCCUGGAAGGUGGUCGUGGUAACUCUGUUCUACUGCGUGAUGGACGCGUGCACGGCUCAGCGGAGGAACAAAGCUCUCUUUCCGUCUGCGGUCCGAGUGAAGAGAGGGAUGGCAUCGAUGGUGAACCCAACCUUCCACAACUCCAUACAAGACGUCAACCUACUCUUCGAAAUCCUGCUGGCAGGCCUGCAGUUCGGGGGGGAGGCGGGCCCCUUUUCCCUGCCGGACGCCGAACUGGCCUCCCUGCGCCAGACCAGGAAGCUGGAGGUCAUCUGUGAGGACGUGAUCCCCAGGAAGCUGACCGAGGUGCGACGCCUGACCUCUGACCUCAGCAGUCACCUGGGCCACCUGAGACCAGAGGACUUCGAGCGCACAGUGCUGACCAUGGUGUACACUGCCCAACGAAUCUCCAAUUCCACCUCCGGCCACCAGAGGGAGGCAUGGGCAGAGUCUUUUGUCAGUUUGUUCCAAGCCAUCAAACAAGACCUCACUCCAGAAUAAGAACCUCUUGCCGGGGACCUGCAAACCACCGAAAUGACAGUUUGUCUGUGGAGGUGUUUGGCAUGUGGUUCUGGUGGACUCCUAGCCUAUGCCAGGGAAGAUUAGUCGGACUUGACUUCAGACUGUACAUCUGCCUUUUUGUGUGAGAUUUUUCCAUGACUAUGAUUUUUUUUUUUCUUCAUCUGGAUUUCUUGGUUUGAAUUUUAAAUGAUGUUGAGCAGUUUAGUAUUGCUAUUGAUCUGCAUUUAAUUUCCAUUUAUAUUGAUUAUUAGCACCGUGGCAAUGUUGUUUGACUUGACAACAGGCACAUAUUGUGAACAUGCUCUUUGCAAACUUGAAAAUGUAUAUAUAAAGGAAUCAAUAUGUUUACAGUCUGUUAAUGUUUAAGAACUA